AAUUUGUGACAAUUUGUUCUCUCUGAUGGAUAUCUAGUAACAUUGAAGUCACCACACAUUACCCAAGGCCUAUUAAUGUUAUGCUUUAGAUCUAACGUUCUUGCCAUAGAGCUCUCCUAUUUAUUCUGUUGUAGUCUGCAUAUACUGCACUGAGAUACCAACUUAAAUCAUCAUUUACUCCUGAAAACUUUAUAGAUAUGCUUUGGUUUCCGUUCAGAAACAACUCUAUCCUCCAGAUUAUCCUAUCCUAUAGUAUUAAGAUCCCCCCCCCCCUACUCCCUUGAGCCUCCUUCAUUAACACCCCAAUCCAUCCGUUACUCCAAAUGCUUUGUAAUAUGUUAUGUAUUGAUCCCUCUAAUUUUGUAUCAACAAGAACUAGAAGAUCAACCUCCUAUUUCUUUAAUAAUUUUCUCACUAUCCUCAGCUGCUCUCUCCAUUUAAUCCUCUUACAUUCCAAGACAAAAGUUUUACUCUCUUUAUUGUUUGAGAGUUAGAAUUCUCCCACUGAAUCUUGGCUCUACAUCCUUGAAAUUCACAUCGAAGAAUAAAUUUCUGAUUUCUGUUGGAACUAUGUUGUUCUCCUUGUGACGUCUAAUUUUCCCCCGACCCAUUACCCUUCUCCCUCUGAUCAAGUUUCAUAAAUGGAGCAUGUGCUUCCUUCCUACACCCCUUAAGAUCAACUCCAAACUGCUGCUCAAAUUUAAAAUGUUCACUUGAACCCAUUCAGUUGCAUUUGCUUCCAUAUCUUCCUCUUGUGAACUGACGUCAAUCUGGAGUGGAACUGGAUCCGACUCUAUGUACAUGAUUUCGUGUCUGAAAAAUCUGUCUCCUCCUCUCUCUAUUUUUGACUUUCGAUAACCUCGUCAAUUAUCAGAAUCUUCUCAUGAUUUUGUUUUCCUAAGUGAUCCUUGUCUGCUUUCUUUUUCCGCAGAAGGUAUUAUUGUAUUAUAGUCCUCAAACCCAAAGGAAACCAAGUUGUUUCUUGUUUUUAUCAUUAUAAGCUGAAGUAUAUAUUUUUUAAAUUAAGGUUUGCUUAAGAAAAGUAAAUACAAGAAGCAGAGCUCAAAUUGGAGUUUAACAUCAUUAUGAACUUUUGGAAUACUACAGGAAAUGUGAAGUUUUAUAUGGGAAUAGGAACUUCAAAAGUUUCAAACAGAUGGUCAAGAUAUUGGAAGAAGCUUCUGUCUCUUGUAGGGGACCAGAGAGAAUUUUAUUGAUGAAAAGGUGGUUAGCUGUACUUAAAGAAAUUGAAAAGAAGACUGAGGUUUCUGCUGAAGAUAAGGAAAAGAUCAAUGAGCAGCAAUAUUCUUCUGAAGAAAUAAAGGAGAAUCCAAGAAAAAAAUCUCUGGUUCUCUAUUAUGAUACGGAGAUGGGUGGUGAGCCAAUGAGCUUCCAUGACGUCUUUCUCUACAGUCAAGCUUUGGAGGGCAUAUUAAUAUGUAUGAUUCUUGAAGCGCCAAACGAAGAGGAAGUCUUUCUCCUUUUUGAAUUGUUUGGAUUCUGUCUCACGAGAGGAAAAGAGGUGCACUAUGUAAUAGUCAGCAGUAUCCAGGAUCUGGCAAACGUUUUCUCAAGCUACAAAGAUGAAGUAUUGAAUAUAGAAAGAGGAGGCACUAAAUUCGUGUGGCCAAGACUAGCGAAGUUGGUGAAAUAGAGGAGGAAUUAGUGGCUGAGAUUUCUACACUUAAGAAACAACGAGAUGAAAUUGAAGCUCAAUUGAAACAGGUGUACUUUGUUUUGUUGAUAGAAGGCAUUCCAUUGGUUAUAUUGUUAGUAUAUUUUUCAUUGAAUGAGUUCUUUACUGGUUUACUUCAUGUACAAAUUUAUCAUGAUAGGUGAAGACAACAUGAUUGUCUUUAAUUGUCACUUUUUACAGUUACUCUCUAACACUAAUAUUUUCUCUCGUGCUUUACAUU